UCUGCUGGUGACGAAGUGGUUGUCAUUGUGAGUUCACGUCUGUAUGUAUGUAUGUGUGAACUUGUGUUGAUUUUGUACGUGUGCGGGGGAGAGCGGGACGGCGAGAGUGGAGAGCAGAGCCACAGAGUUUCGAUUUUCCAUAUCUACACUCGCAGUGAAAAAGAGAGAGGAGCGCCUGGGUACAUUUUACCACACAGCGUCUUUGUCCGUUGAGUCGGGAGCUCGGCUGCUAUUUGUCUCGCUUGUGACUGCAUACAUACAAUAUUUUAUUGCUGGUUUUGGUGGUAAAUUUGCAUUGUUAACGGCCGUGGCCAGACGUGCUCCGCUUCUUUAACACACACGUCUCUCAAACCGAAUACCGAUCAUCAAGUGUUUUCCCUAUAUUGACUCUCGUAUAUAGCCACAUGUAAAAUAAAUAAAGAAAAAAAAAAACAACAACAAUACUGAUACUGAUACCGAAAAGCAACUAAACCGAAAAAUGUAUACUAAAUACAUGCCCGUAUGUACCACAUAAGACCGCCAUCCUGCCAUUUGCCGUUGCCGUUGACACUGUUGUAUCUGUAUCUGUAUCUCAAUCUCACUGACCAACUACCAAAAGCAAGCGCAAAUGCAACUGCAACUGCAACUGCAACUGCAAAACUGCACACACCUCAACCUCAGCUCAACUCAAGCUCAGCUCAACUUUUAAAAGAAUAAUCCUCGAACUGCCUACAAGUCCAACCAACCAACCUCAACCAACCAAUCAAUCAACUGUCUACCGCAACUGGCAACCGAACGGCUUUAGUUUCUGCGUAAAUAAAAGAAAAGCCCAAAGAAAACUCUCGAAUAGAAAACACAUCAGUGCGACAACGGCAGCAGCAGCAUGCUCAACUCCAAUGCCAGCAGCAGCAGCAGCAACAAUAACAACCAGAGCAACAAUCAUGGGGGCAGCAGUCGCCGGCCCUUUUCCCGCAAUUCCUCAUCGGUCCGUUCACAUCGUGGGGGUAACGGCGGCGGUGGAGGCGGAGGAUUAGGCGGUCGCAUGCUCUACUCCCCGCAUCCGCACCCACAUCCGCAUGCCCAACAGGCGCAGCAGCAGCAACAACAGCAACAGCGCUCCAAUAGCCUUUUACCUGGCCACAGUCCUUGGUGCAAUGCCAAUUUGAACAACAACAACAACAGUGGCAGCAACAACAAUGUUAAUAACAAAGAUGCUAUCGAUGGCAGAAAUUCAAAUUGCCACAACCAGGGACAGCAGGGACCAGGGAACUCGGCCAAUCUUGGCCACAAUGGCCACCAACAACAGCAGCAGCAGCAGCAGCGCGGUGGCUACAACAAUAACAGCCGGAAUGGGAUCGGUAAUAAUGGUAAUGGAGGAGGGCCACCCGACUACAUGAACUAUCGUCGCGGUGGUGGUGUUUGUCCGGCUCUGUCGCGGGACUACUCCGGCAAUGGCAACGGUCACGGCCACAACGGACGCCGACACAUGUCCGACAAUCACCAGAACAAUGCCCCCGCGCCCAUGAACGGCCACUCUGGACACCACCAGCGCAACUAUAACGACAGGAAUUUAAAUAAUCACUUCGGAAACUCGGAUCAGGGCGGACCAGACCACCGGGAUCGAACGGACGGCUCGUACAAUUUCAUGCGAAAUGGAGGUGGCAGCGGUGGCUACGGACGCAAUGGAUCCCAUUACCAGCACAUGGGUUAUAAUAACAACAACGGUGGUGCCUCCACAUCAUCUGGUGGUGGCCCCGGGCUGAUGGGAGAACUCCCGUCGGGAUCGGGCUUGUCGGGCUCGUCGCUGUCACUAAAUAACGGUCCCAACGGUGGCCUCAACUCGGACAGUCCGUCGCGCAAGCGCCGCCGCAUCUCUGGCAGGAACCAGAACGGCCCUCAGACCCAGCACAGGUGUCUUCUUGCUCAGAUGCAGCAGGGCAGUCCGCCACUCCGUCGUCCGCGACUACGCGACGUCGCAACCUCCACGCAGCAGCAGUACGGUCCCCCAUCGCAUCCUCAUCCGCAGCAGCAGCCGCCAUCAAACUACCAUCCAAUGCACCAUCACCAGCAGCAGCAGACACACUAUGGUCCGCAGCAUCAGCAAGUGCCGCCGCCACAUGCUCAGCGCUCGCCUUGGGAUUUGGGCGGCAGCGGAGGAGGCGCCGGGGGAGCACCCACAAGUAGCACGGUGGGCCCAAUUUUGCAGCAAGUACCAGCAGCGCCGCAGCCGCCACCGACUCACCAGCAGGCGGUGGGCGUGGGCUAUCCACCGGCGCCGCCGCCACCCGCCUCGCUGAUGGUGGACCUUAAUCUCAAUCAGGUGCCCGUCAGCCUGCAGCUGCGUCCCUCAGAGCCCUUCUGGGCAUCCUUCUGCACGUACCCGAUACCGGCGCAGGCCCGUUUGGCGCCCUGCCACCUGCACGGAGUCUACACACAACCUUUUGCUGCCGCUCCGCCACCAGGACUGGCGGCUCCACCGCCGCUGCAAGUGACACCGGUUCCGUCGCAGGCACAGAUGGCCGCCGCUGCUGCUGCCGCCCAGCAAAUGCUGGCUCAGGCCCAGUUGAGCGCCCACCAGGAUCAGCGGGACGUGGCCACAAUUGCGGUGGCCAAUUUGGGACCCAUCGCACCACCGGGCGCCCACCAUUUGGACGGACAUCACGGCCCCGGCGGUGGUCCGCCAACUGGUCCGCAUGGCCAUCCCCACGCUCAUCCCCAUACCCAUCCGCAUGCCCACCAGCUGCCACCGGGUAUUCACAUCACUCCAUUGAGCGGAGCGGCGGCAGCGGCCGCCACGCACCACCUACAUUCCACAGCGGCUGCUGCAGCGGCCGUUGCCGCCCAGGCAACCGCCCAGAUGUCCGCCGGGCCGCAGCAGAUUAUCAUCUCGUCGGAUCGACGCACAUUCCCGCCCCACCGACGCCUUCCGCGCUUCUGGCCGGCGAACCACGGCCAUCGUCACGUCCUGCCGCCGCAGUCACUUGCCGCCCACCAGGCCCCGGUGCAGAUCCAGGCCACGUCGGGCAUCAUUAACCCGGGCUUCUUGCUCAACUUCCUGGCCAUGUUCCCUCUCUCGCCUUACAACCAACACGAUCUGAACUCCGGUGACACCAACGAGACGGAGAAUUACGAGGCGCUGCUUAGCCUGGCCGAGCGUUUGGGCGAAGCGAAGCCAAGGGGACUCACCCGCAAUGAGAUUGAUCAGCUGCCCAGCUACAAAUACAAUCCGGAGGUGCACAACGGUGAUCAAUCAUCGUGUGUGGUGUGCAUGUGCGACUUCGAGCUGCGCCAGCUGCUGCGAGUCCUGCCGUGCUCCCACGAAUUCCACGCCAAGUGCGUGGACAAAUGGCUGCGCUCGAAUCGCACCUGUCCGAUUUGCCGCGGCAAUGCCUCGGACUACUUUGAUUGCUCCGAACAGCAGCAUGCGGCCCAGGCGCAGGCUCAGGCAACGGCCGUAGCCGAAGCCGUUUUGAGCAGUGACGACAGCAGUGGCGAGGUGGCAGGAACCUCUGCAUCAGCAUCAGCAGCUACAGCUAAUCCCCAGCAGAGCCAAGCGGCCUAGGCGCCAUAGAAAACACAAUAGCAAUUCCAUAUAGCUGCCGCUUUGACUUUUCCUGGUGGACGACACAGUGGACGAGGUGGAGGAGUCAUUUGGAAGAGCCCAGGAUGCGGCCACCCACCAUCAUCAACCGCGCAACGAAUCCAACUGCCAAACCGUCGAUGCUUCCCCCUCAGCUAUAUAUAUAAGCGCCAACAUCCUGGCCAGAGCCCGACUCGUUCUGCACCUCGGCCACGCCCUCGCACAUCUCGCAGCAGCCAGCCUCUUCAAUAGCUUGUCGUAGACCUUAGUUUGUAUGUGAGUAACUAGGAGUAACCCAUAUAGGCAUACCACCAAGAAUUUGACUUAGGGAUAUACUUAUAUAUUAAUAUAUAUUUGCGUGUAUUAAAGCCGAAUGAAUAACAA